AACUUACUGGUCAGUUUCUACUCAGAUACAAGGACAGACAACAACAGAGGGAAACCAAAGCUGAAGAGAUGGCUAUGAAAUGGAUUCCAGCUGUGCUGCUGCUGCAGAUGAGUUGUUGCUUCAGAUCUGGGAACUGUGGGAAGGUGUUGGCAUGGCCUAUGGAAUGCAGGCACUGGAUGAACUUAAAGAUAAUACUGGGCGAACUUGUAGAGAGGGGCCAUGAAGUGACUGUUCUGAGACCAUCAGCUUCCAUUUUUCUUGAUACCAGCAAAUCAUCUGGCCUUAAAUUUGAAGUGUUUCCUACAUCUGUCAGUAAAGAAGAUCUGGAAUUAUUUUUCACCAAUGUGGUGAAUGUGUGGACACACAAGGUGUCGAGAGAUACAUGCUUGGCAUAUUCUCCAAUACUGCAAAACCUGUUUACAGAAUAUUCUGAUAUUUGCCAAAGUAUUUGUAAAGAUGCUGUUUUGAACAAAAAACUUAUGACCAAAUUACAGGAAUCCAAGUUUGACGUCGUGCUUUCAGAUGCCCUCGCUCCCUGUGGUGAGCUAAUAGCUGAGUUGCUGAGUACACCUUUGGUGUACAGUCUCCGCUUCACUCCUGGGUACACAAUAGAGAAGUACAGUGGAGGACUCCCACAUCCGCCCUCCUACGUGCCUAUGAUUCUGUCAACAUUAAGUGGUCAAAUGACAUUCAUGGAGAGACUUCAUAAUAUGAUAUGCAUGCUUUAUUUUGACUUUUGUUUCCAGACAUUUAAUAAGAAGAAAUGGGAUCAGUUUUACAGUGAAAUUUUGGGAAGGCGCACAACCAUAGCUGAGAUAAUGAGUAAGGCAGAAAUGUGGCUCAUUCAGUCCUACUGGGAUCUGGAGUUUCCUCGCCCGACCUUACCAAAUGUUGACUUUGUUGGAGGACUUCACUGCAGACCUGCCAAACCCUUGACUAAGGAGAUGGAAGAGUUUGUCCAGAGCUCUGGAGAAGAUGGUAUUGUCAUAUUCUCUCUGGGGUCAAUGGUCAGGAACAUGACAGAAGAAAAGGCAAACAUAAUUGCAUCAGCCCUUGCACAGAUCCCACAAAAGGUUCUUUGGAGAUUUGAGGGCAAGAAACCAGACAGUUUGGGACCGAAUACCCGGUUGUACAAGUGGAUCCCCCAGAAUGACCUUCUUGGUCAUCCAAAAAUGAAAGCCUUUAUAACUCAUGGUGGAACCAAUAGCCUCUAUGAGGCAAUCCAUUAUGGGAUCCCUGUGGUGGGCAUUCCAUUAUUUGGAGAACAACAUGAUAACAUUGCUAAUAUGGUGGCUAAAGGAGCAGCUGUUGAAUUAAAUUUCCAAACAAUGACAAGGUCAGAUUUGCUCAAUGCAUUGGAGGCAGUCAUUUACGACCCUUCCUAUAAAGAGAAUGUAAUGUGGCUAUCAACCAUUCACCAUGACCAGCCUAUGAAGCCCCUGGACAGAGCUGUCUUCUGGAUUGAGUUUGUCAUGCGCCACAAAGGGGCCAAACACCUGAGGCCACUUGCCUACAACCUCACCUGGUACCAGUACCACUCUCUGGAUGUGAUUGCAUUCCUGCUGUUCUGUGUGGCAUCCCUUGCUUUCCUUGCCAUAAAAUGUUGCUUGUUUAUUUAUCAACACUUUGUGAAGAUGGAAAAGAAAAAAAAAAAAGAAUGAGUAAAAUGCUUCGAGACCUAACUGCACGAUCUAAGCUCUUGCAUUAGAGCUAAGACUCUUCCACUGCAUCCCAGCAAUGUGGAUGAAGGUCUGGCCAUGUUUUUGAAGAUCUUUAGCUACUUGAUUUACAUGUUUUACAUCUGUUUAACAUUAAUAUAUGUACAAGUAUAAAUCUUAAUUUCCUUAAAUCUUUUAUUUAGUGUGACUUGCACAUGUAAUAAUUUGGAAAGCAAUGACAUUCAUUGAAACAUCAGCUUGUUCAGUGGAGUAGCAUAGGAAGCCUGAUGUUUACAUUGUGCAUCUGAGGAAAUGUCAUCCUUUUCAUAAAAGGUAACCAAAUGGUCUAACUAUGCCUAUCACUGGAUACAAGAACCUGAACUGCCUGAUAAGGGGCAGGGAUUUUUUUUUUCAAACUAUUGAAGAGGUGGGGUGAGCAUGACUUUGGUAUAAAUGAACCCCAUUCAGUAAGACACAGGUAACUGGCAUUUCUGUAUAAAUAAAAAUAAGGAGAAACAAAGACACAGGAAUUGAAAAUGAUAUUUGUAAAUGGAAAAUUACAAAAUAAAGAAGUUGAAAAUUA